GCAUCUCCCCGCCGGGGGCCCCGGGGGCCGCGGAGCCGCCGCCGCCGCUGCUGCCGCCGCUGCUGAGACCCAGCGGGCGAUGGGAUGAAGAUGAGACGCUAUAAGCUCUUUCUCAUGUUCUGUAUGGCCGGCCUGUGCCUCAUCUCCUUCCUGCACUUCUUUAAGACCCUGUCCUAUGUCACCUUCCCCCGAGAACUGGCCUCCCUCAGCCCUAACCUGGUGUCCAGCUUUUUCUGGAACAAUGCCCCCGUCACGCCCCAGGCCAGCCCGGAGCCGGGUAGCCUGGACCUGCUGCGGACCCCGCUCUAUUCCCACUCGCCCCUGCUCCAGCCGCUCUCGCCGAGCAGGGCCACCGAGGAGCUGCACCGGACGGACUUCGUGCUGCCCGAGGACACCACUGAGUAUUUCGUGCGCACCAGAGCCGGCGGCGUCUGUUUCAAGCCAGGUACCAAGAUGCUGGAGAAGCCCCCGUCGGGGCGGCCGGAGGAGAAGGCGGAGGGCGGCGGCGGCUCCUCGGCGCGGGGCCCGGCGCGGCACCUGCUGAGCGCGCGGGAGCGCGCGGGGGGCCGCGGGGGCGCGCGGCGCAAGUGGGUGGAGUGCGUGUGCCUGCCGGGCUGGCACGGGCCGAGCUGCGGCGUGCCCACCGUGGUCCAGCACUCCAACCUGCCCACCAAGGAGCGCCUGGUGCCCCGGGAGGUGCCGCGCCGCGUCAUCAACGCCAUCAACGUCAACCACGAGUUCGACCUGCUGGACGUGCGCUUCCACGAGCUGGGCGACGUGGUGGACGCCUUCGUGGUGUGCGAGUCCAACUUCACGGCCUACGGCGAGCCGCGGCCGCUCAAGUUCCGCGAGAUGCUGACCAACGGCACCUUCGAGUACAUCCGGCACAAGGUGCUCUACGUCUUCCUGGACCACUUCCCGCCGGGCGGGCGGCAGGACGGCUGGAUCGCCGACGACUACCUGCGCACCUUCCUGACGCAGGACGGCGUGUCGCGGCUGCGCAACCUGCGGCCCGACGACGUCUUCAUCAUCGACGACGCCGACGAGAUCCCCGCGCGCGACGGCGUGCUCUUCCUCAAGCUCUACGACGGCUGGACCGAGCCCUUCGCCUUCCACAUGCGCAAGUCGCUCUACGGCUUCUUCUGGAAGCAGCCGGGCACCCUGGAGGUGGUGUCGGGCUGCACGGUGGACAUGCUGCAGACGGUGUACGGGCUGGACGGCAUCCGCCUGCGGCGCCGCCAGUACUACACGAUGCCCAACUUCCGCCAGUACGAGAACCGCACCGGCCACAUCCUCGUGCAGUGGUCCCUGGGCAGCCCCCUGCACUUCGCCGGCUGGCACUGCUCCUGGUGCUUCACCCCCGAGGGCAUCUACUUCAAGCUCGUGUCGGCCCAGAACGGCGACUUCCCGCGCUGGGGGGACUACGAGGACAAGCGGGACCUCAACUACAUCCGCAGCCUGAUCCGCACCGGGGGCUGGUUUGACGGCACGCGGCAGGAGUACCCCCCCGCCGACCCCAGCGAGCACAUGUACGCCCCCAAGUACCUGCUCAAGAACUACCACCAGUUCCGCUACCUGCUGGACAACCCCUACCAGGAGCCCAAGGGUGUGGGGGAGGGUGGGCAGCGGCACAAGGGUCCCGAGGGAAGGCCGCCUGCCAGGGGCAAAUUGGACACGGUUGAAGGCUAAGGCUGCAUGAUCUUACAGGGCCGGUGGCAGGGAGGGGGCGGCCCCUCCUAUUAUCUUCCUGCCUCCCUCUGCCAUCUGGCUGGUUCCUGAGAGGACCAGGAGUGGGUGGUGGAGGAGUCCUCCUUACCUAGCUCUUUGUGAAUCCGGGUCAAGCCUCUGAGCUCACAAAACAUCCUUCCUGUCAGGAGAGGGGAGUGUGGCCCGGGGUGCUGUGACAGGAGGUGCCCGUGGAGAGUGCAUGAUGGUUACUGGGUAGCAGGG